AUGUCACCGGCAGGUAUCAAUGGAGGAGGAACUGGGAAAGCAGCUAUUGAAUAUUGGUUGUCAGAUCAUCGUCUUCCUUUCCGCCCAUUUUUGAGAGGCAACCUUGAAAAAGCUAUAAGGUAUCACGAAAACUUAAGGAUGGGUUCCUCGUACUCAUCACUCAAACCUGUCACACCGCCUCAGGAAAAGGAACGUGGGAUUUUUGCAUCCGACGAGGAAGACGAAGAGGGAGAAGACCCAAGACCUGCAAAAAGAAGAAAGACCGCCAAUACAGAUUCUUCUGCACCUGCACUAGCUCAUAAUUCUUCGAAUCGAUCUAUGUCUUCGUCUUCAGCUUUUGCUUCAGUAAAGGAGACAGCUUCACUUAAUCAUUCUAUAAGUGAAAAUUCUCAAAUACCAUCAUCACAUACACCUCCCACGUCUCAAGUAAAUAAGAUCAAAUCCACCGAUUUUUACGGCCCUCAACCACGGAGUUCUGGAGGAUCCAAUGCAAACUUUUCACUUGUGAAGUCAAACACCGAUCGGAUUCGGAUUGACUCUGUACUCAAAUUAACGGAACCUCCUGUGGACUUCCAGAAGUUACUACGAAUCCGGGUUGCCAGCAUCAUUCAGAACUCGAGUUUGGAAGAAACUGAUGAAGUCACUAGUCAAUACUCAAACAUAAAAUGUACUUUAGCUUUGUUCCGUGUUUCAGGUGAUGAAGAUGAAACGUUGACAAAUAUCUAUCGGCAGCCUCAGACAGGAAGGAUUAAAAGGACAUCCGAUGGUCGUCAAAACGAUACUUUUCCAAUAUACUUGCCACCCUUUAUAAUCCCUUCAGAUGUUCUCUCUCAAGAUCCAUCCUUUGAUAAAUCAUCGUGUCGAUUGCAAGGCUCGGGCGAAUUUGGCAAGUAUAGGGUUGAGUUGUUACUCGAGCCAUAUCACGCUAAUCGAAAGGACUGGUUGCCUUUGACAAUUUCCAGUCUCCCCCACAACAGUCGCCUCGCGACAAAGAUAUUCAAAGGGGAAGCAGCGCUCACUGAUGUGCGCCAAAUGGUAUGCGAGUUCUUGCUCUUAGACUGGGACAGCAAGGACAGUACAGCUCAGAUAGAGCUGCUUUAUGGAGGGGAUAGGGUUGCAACUUCGGCCUCGUUGAAACUGGAUAUACAAUGGUCGCUUCCAAGUCGUCUGAUUAAAAAAGAACUUGGUGAAAUACCAAAGUCACCCACGCUAGGUCCAAAAAUAGCUCCUGAGUUGUUUUUGCCUCAUAUUCUAUCCCCUCAGAAGGCAGCGACAGUGGAGCCGGAAAGCCCCUCUCGUGCCAAGAGACGUGGUCGUGCAAAUAUUCCCACAUACAAUCUCAAAGCGUUAAGUGCGAAAGCUCAAGGUAAGAAGUUGAGAGCUCACUGGGGCAAAGAAAGGUCAGGGACUUCUACAGCUCUAAGUGACAUUGGUGAAUAUGUGACCUACACAUUCAGUAAAGCGGAAGCGGAAGCAUAUGGUAUCAAACAAACGCAUUCGGUAGCUGGGUUCUCAUGCCCUAUAUGCGAUAUGGACACCAAAGGUAUGGAAAGUCUUCGGCUUCAUUUCUCGGCCACACAUGAUCGAUUCAUAUUCCGUCUUCGUCCCAAGUCUUCUUUUUUCGUUGAAAUCAACAAAGAAUCUCGAAAGUCGAGGGAAGUUCACCCUUUGCAAAUCGUCCAGCUUGGGAAAGCCACUACUUGGUUAAAUAUGGAGAAAUAUAUUUCUGGUGACAAUUCUUGGGCCGAAGCCAGGGAAGGGCCUCAGAAUAAUCAAUGGCCAGAUUCAGAUCCCCUUGCUCGUUUGAGGUUUGGAGCUUCUCCAUCUCCGCCAGCUCAAAGCUCGCGCUGGAGCUCGCAAGAAGUAUUGAACAAUGCUAUCCAGGAAAACGAGGGCGAAACUUCUGUACCUCCUUAUAUUCAACGUCUAGCUAGCCUGCCAGCCAGAAGCAAGAGUCGGCACUACGUUCCUGAUAUCAGAAAUGGUCCAUAUCCUAGGUCGGCCUUUUAUCCCGGUAUUGUAGACCGGGUAUUCUAUGAUCUACGCACGAAGCGGGUUCUACAACCUGGAGAGGAAUUACCCGAUAGUGAUGAUGAGAAGGAUGAGGCAUGGCUACUACACAAACGAAAAUGUAUUAUCAAUGAAUUCACAGAUCUCACAGACGAUGAGAAGGAAUACUUUAUCAAAUGGGAAGAAUUUAUCAUGGGCGAGCGACAGACUGGUCUAUCGCAUCUUCAGGAAACCAUCAUGAGAUUUGUGUCAAGAAAUCGCGUUUGGUUUGCCGAGAAGAAGGCUCGGAAGAAGGAAUGGUGCAAGCAAAUUGAGUUAUUCGUAGCGAGAGAUGGUCUGGCAGACCAACCGCUUAUGUCCCGUUGCGAGAGAAUUUUCGAAUUGGGGAAGAAGGAAUUAGACGCAAAGAAUUCAAAGCCAACUUCUGAAUCGGUGGCAAGCCCAAAAGCGAAGCCAGAGACGGACCUGGAUCGGGAGAUGAGGGGAGGCACUGACUGUGUAUGUGGUAAUUUUGUUCAGACUCCUGAUCAGGUUAUGUGUAGUGGAGAAUUUUGUCCAGAUCGCCACUAUCAUAAAGAGUGCGCCAAAAAAUCUGGACGCCCAAUCUUGCCAAAGGGUACUUGGUUAUGUGAUCGAUGUGAUCUUAGAGCGUCGAUGAAACAAGUUGCGGCGAAGACGGGUACUCCACUGAAGGGUAUUCUUGAGGACAGGAUUCUAAAGAAGAGGCGAAAAGCAUAG